AUGAAAAUGACAACAUGUAGAACAUAUUGGAGUUUUACUGUUGUUGGCGAAAAUGAUAUUUGUGUUGAUUUACAUCAUCAUUAUCACCAUCAAGAAAUGAUAUGUAAAGUUCCAACUCUAAUGUUAAAUGAAAUCGAAGAUGGUGUAAAAUCAACACGAUAA